AUGGAAGACGGAGACGGCUCUCAGCUAGAAUCCGAUUCCAGAUUUAUAUCAAUCAAUAACACCAACGUUAAUGACUCCCUUCCCGAUGAUCCCACCCAAGAAACAUUACUCGACUCUUCGGGUCUAACCCGCCGACAUUCACCCAUGUCUUCUUCAAGAGUAACUUUUUCAGAAGAAUCCACUGAAAGAGUUCCAUUAACCGGCCGUAGUCGAACAUUAAGACCCGCGUCAACUCAGCGUCCAUCAAUGUCAAGUAUACGAACAUGGAAUUCGUCGGAUUUUUUGUUUUCAGACGGUGAAAGAUUAUCUCGUAAUGCGAGCGAAGACUUGACCCGUGUGCCAUCUUUUCUUGAUCGGCGGCAACUUAGUUACUCAUCUGGAGACGAUGUCGUGGAAAUGUCUCACGUAGGGCAGGGUAGUUCGUCUACUGGAAAUGGGUUGUCCAAAACACGUACAAAGUCUAAGAAAGAUUCUAAAGAACCACUCGACAGACUUCAUCCGCGAAUAGCGUCACUAAAACAAACAAGGAGCCUUAAUCGAAUGAGCCAGAUGCUAGCUAGAGUGUCAUCACGAGUUGUAAACAUAGCAAAUGUUCCUCGUGUGCAACAGGAGAAGGAGGAGAUGGAUACAAUGCAGACUCCAUUGCCUCCUCGAACGUCAAGUCGAAAACAUUUAGAAGAAUUGUAUGCUAAGCGAAACGGAGCUGAAGGAAUGCGUGAUUUUAGCAGUGACUUGUAUACAAAAGUUUCUGAUAAGCUAAAGGCAACAUAUACAUUAUCACCAGAGAUUAGACUUGAGGAUCGAUCUUUGUAUAUAUUUGGUCCUAAAAAUUCAAUUAGAUUGUGGUUACAUGGAGUGUUGAUUAAUCCAUGGACCGAGUCAAUAAUAUUACUUCUUAUAGUGACAAACCUAAUACUGUUAUCGAUUCAAGCUUGGACACCUGUUGAGACUCCAGAAGCUGCAUGGGGUAAAUCAUGGAUUGACUAUGCGCUGUUGGCCAUAUUUACUAUAUUCACGUUUGAAAUUAUUGCUCGUGUUAUUGUUUCUGGUUUUAUAAUCAAUCCCAAGCAAAGCUCGAAAUCGAUAUCGGCCGAUUCAUCAUCAAAUAAGCUUAACGAGUCAACAACAGAGACACGCUAUAUAUCCAACGCAGCGUUUCUAAGGCAUAGCUUUAAUAGGAUCGACUUGUUGGCUGUUACCAGUUUUUGGAUUGAUUUGACAUUGAAUCUAAUGGGAGUGCACGAUGUGCGUAUAUGGAAAGCACUAUCAACAUUAAGAAGUCUUAGACUUUUAUCUGUUACGAGUGGAAGUUCUACAAUCUUAGAAUCGUUGAAGAAGAGUGUCCCCUUGCUUGUCAACGUCACAUUCUUUGUGGGAUUUUUUUUCGUCUUAUUUAGUAUCAUUGCUGUUCAGUCUUUCAAAGGAUCAUUGUUAAGGAGAUGCGUUGUUAGUGAUACAAAUUCUACGCUGGAUAAUCAAUUAUGUGGAGGGUAUUACGAAAACGGUGAACAACAUCCUUACAUAAGGCUUGAUGGCAGCGAAGGAGCCAUUAAAGGUUUCAUAUGUCCUUCUGGACAAAUUUGUAAGGAAGUAGAAAAUCCAUCUAACGGAACAGUCAGCUUCGAUAAUAUAUUCACGUCUAUGGUCAUUGUAUUUGUCAUUUCAUCUGUGCAAAAUUGGACAGAUAUUAUGUACCAGACAAUGGACUCGGAUUUCGACUGGUCAUGCCUCUUUUUCAUUGUUGCCGUAAUUGUCCUAAAUUUCUGGUUGAUCAAUCUCUUCGUAGCUGUUGUCACAACCAUGUUUGCAAAAAUCCGUGAAGACAGCUCUCAUUCUGCUUUCACGCUUUCAAAAACUGCGCCUAUUUUAGCUGACGAUGACGAAGAAUGGACCUUACAAGAGGGGGCCCAGAAGACUGUUAGGGUUAAUAAGCUGAUGCGCAUAGUUGAAGAGACAAAAUACGUUUGGGUUCUGGCAAUUUUGGUCGAUUUAAUAAUAAUGGGAUUUCGAAGUGCAAAUAUGAGUCCAGAAACUGAGCGGUUUUUAUCAAACACCGAGUUGGCCUUUACAAUCGCAUUCGCUAUCGAAAUUAUUAUCCGAUUUGCUGCCUAUUUGCCGGACUGGCGGUUGUUUUUCCGCAAAAAGAAGAAUGUUGUCGAUUUGACUCUGGCUGUUGUCACUUGUCUUAUUCAGGUGCCGUUAAUAAAGAACUCUAUCGCAUUUCCUUAUCUGACAGCUUUUCAGAUCGCAAGGGCUUACAGAAUAGUCAUUGCAAUUCCGCGAAUGAGAGCUCUAUUGACAAAAGUGUUGGGUAGCGCUAUCGGUUUGGCUAAUUUGAUCUUCUUUAUCGUAUUGAUCGACUUUAUUGCCGCUAUUAUUGGCGUACAAUUACUUCGCGGAAACAUUCCUUCGCAAGAUGAAAACGGAAACGAUAUACUUGUUAGAUUUAGCGAUAUUUAUAAUGGCUUUGUCGGAAUGUAUCAAUUAUUUUCUGGAGAGAAUUGGACGACAGUUUUGUACAAUGCCAUGCAAUACGAGAAUCGGACGAUUUCGGCUGCUGCAGUUGCCAUUUUUCUAAUAGUAUGGGUUAGCUUGUCAAAUUUCGUGCUUCUUAACAUGUUCAUUGCUGUUGUCCAAGAAAAUUUUGAAAUUGCUGAAGAAGAGAAACGUAAACGCCAAUUACGAGCAUUUAUUCGGAAAGCCGAUCCAAUAGUGAAGACGGAGACUGUGAUAAACAAGUGGAACCCAUAUCGCUUUUUCAAAGCGAAACCAAAAACGUUGGCUGUAGCAAGCAUACCGUCAGGAUUGAUUCUGCAUACGCAAAAAAGUAGAGUCCGAGAUUUCAUGCACGACAGUGAUAUGGAUAAACAAAACAAGUUUAAAGAUGAACCAAUAAAGCGUCGCUUCAAUGUAAUGCGAAAGUUAAAGAGAUGGUUCCGAGUGGAUGAGGACGAUGAAGAACACGUUCCCCUAACAGCGUACAUGGCCAGAAGACAUAGUUCGAUUGAUGACACUAACAACGGGACAAUUGUGGCAAGCGAACCUGGUAAAUCACUUGAGAUAUCCCGUGAUGACAUCCACGAACGUCACGCUCAAAAGGUCGAUUUUAUCUCAGCUCAUCCCAACUAUGAUGCAGCACUCUGGUUCAUAUCACCUCGUAAUCGUAUACGUCAUUACUGCCAGCUUCUCGUUCCGCCGAGUUUUGGUGAACGCACGUUUGGAACGCGUCAAUCGCAUACUCUAAGUCUUGUAUUUAGUAGUUUUAUCUACAGUUGUAUCAUUGCCAGCGUAGUCGUAGCGUGUAUCACAAAUCCAGCCUACCAGAAACAAUACUAUAUCGAUUAUAUCAGGCCUGGGACUUGGUUUUGGAUUACGGAUGUCGUCUUUACAGGAAUAUUUACUUUUGAGUUUUUGGUCAAGAUUAUCGCUGACGGGUUUCUAUUGACACCCAACGCAUAUCUGCUUAAUGUGUGGAACAUGCUAGACUUUUUUGUUCUUAUCACGCUCUACAUAAGCACGUUUGCUGUUCUACUGAAAGCAACAGUACUCUCAAGAGCAAUUCGUGCGUUCAAGGCCUUGCGUGCGUUACGCUUAAUUAAUCUCUCUAGCCGUGUCAAGGAAACAUUCAAUUCUAUUCUUAUUGCCGGAGCUCCACGUAUUUUUGAUGCUUCCUUUGUGUCGAUAUCAUUGAUCAUACCGUUUGCACUCUAUGGGCAGAAUAUAUUUUCCGGUCUAUUAUUCUAUUGCAACGACAAUGGUGACAACAUUGCAGGCAAAGAUGACUGUUUUGGGGAAUAUUCAACAUCUCCCUACAAUUUAGAUACGCAGAUGCUCACUCCGCGAGUAUGGAGCAACCCAUAUGUAUGGAGUUUUGAUACAUUUCGCGCGGGCUUGCUAAUUCUUUUUGAAAUUGUAUCUGGAGAAGGAUGGAUUGACGUAAUGGCUUCUACAAUGAGCAUCACCGGUCUUAACCAACAGCCUCGUCAGGAUGCAACGAAAUGGAAUGCUGUAUUUUUCAUGGUAUUCAACAUGGCUGGUGCUGUGUUUGUGUUGACACUAUUUAUCAGCGUUAUCAUUGAGAACUUUAUGUCGAGGUCAGGAUUUGCAUUUUUGACGGCUGAUCAGAAGAGAUGGAUGGAUCUAAAGAAAUUAUUGAAACAGAUUCGACCGUCUAAGCGGCCGAAAAUUCGUCCUACGAAUAAGCUUAGGGGUUUCUGUUACGACCAAGUCAUUGUGAAAAAGGGCUGGUUGUCAAAGUUCAUGACCAUUACCUAUAUAUUACAUAUAAUCACGCUAAUGACCGAAUUCCGGGCGGCGCCUCCUUGGUUGGAGACUCUAAGAAAGAUAUUGUUUUUGGUAUUCAUUGCAAUAUACAUACUCGAUAUUUGCAUAAAACUGGCCGGCUUUGGUUGGACUACUUUUCGUCGCAAUCGUUGGAACUUAUACGAUCUGUUCAUAGUCUUUGGAGCUGCGACUACUACGAUCCCCUUUUCGUUCCAAACUCGGGUAGACGAUACAGUUGUACAAUUACAGAAACUCUUUCUGGUUGGCAUAGCGUUCAAGAUUGUGCAAAAGAGUGAUAGUUUGAAUCAGCUAUUUAAAAAUAUGGCCGCGAGCUUGCCAUCGAUAUUCAACUUGUUUGCAGUCUGGUUUGUUAUCUUUUGCAUUUAUGCAAUCAUGUUCAUGGAAAUAUUCGGCUUGACAAAGUUCGGUCAGAAUGGUAGUCCCCAUGUUAAUUUCCGUAAUUUCUGGAACGCCAUGUUGACUCUUGUGAGGAUGUCUACAGGAGAGGGCUGGAAUCAGAUCAUGCAUGAUUUCGCUGUCGAACCCCCCGACUGUGUUGACAACAAGUCUUACCUACUAAGUGAUUGUGGUAGUGAACCCUGGGCAUAUUUCCUGUUUAUCACAUGGAACGUGCUUUCCAUGUAUAUUUUCGCUAAUAUGUUUAUCGUGGUCGUGAUCGAUAACUUUUCAUACUGUUAUCAAAUUGCUGCCGAGUUUUCUCUGGUCAAUCGCGAGCAGAUUCGUCAGUUUAAGAAAGCAUGGGCGGAAAUAGACAGGAAUAGAACUGGGUAUAUAAAGAGCCAAGAUUUUGCAAAAUUUUUUGGGAAACUGUCUGGGAUUUUUGAGGUUAAGAUUUACGAGGACCAGCAUCAAAUCAAAAGCCUUAUAGACAGAUCCAAAGCCGAGAGUUUGUGGGGCAGUAGUAGACAAAAGGGUGUCUAUAAUAUCGAUCGUAUCGAUAUCCGGAAGCUAAAGCAGAACAUUGCAAUGAUAAACAUGGCCAAAGUCCGUGAACGACGCCGCACUUAUAGUCAUCUAUAUAAUGAAGCUUUGUUGUCCGUCGAAAGGGACAGCAGAGACAAUGAGAAAGGCAUAUCGUUUACGAAUAUGUUAUUGAUGUUGGCACACUAUAAACUAGUUGAUGAUGACCAGUCAUUAGAAAUCGAUGAACUCCUCAAGCGAAAAGAAAAGAUGGAGCGAGUGGCUGACGCCGUAAAUAGAGAUCGAGUGAAAUCUCUACUGAAAGCUAUCUAUUGGUAUCGGAAACACCAAAUUAUGAAGGCAAAAAUGACCGAAACUAUUGAAGCUGUCCCCGAAAUUACUGUUGAACUCUCCGAUAAACCGUCGCAGACAUUAAGAAUACAUACAAGUUCAGCUAGAUCUAGUCAGAUGACACUACCAAUGAGUCCGGGCACGCCCAAUUCACCGGUCUUUGACGCUGAUCAGGAUCUCUCCACCAGAGCGUCUGCUGAAUUACGACGUUCUUAUGUUUCCGAUGAUAUCGAUAGUGAGUCAGUUGAAUGGGCAUCUUUUGACGCAAAUCAUGAGAUGAACGAUCAGACCGCUGAGGAAGUUCUUAACUCUUUACAAAAUAACUUUUGGCAUGACGUACUCAAGGAAAUGUCCGAGGAAGAUUCCCAAUCUAAAUCGUAG